CUCCUCCUCCUCUUCUGGAAACUGGAGGAGCAUCUUCUCCCUCUGACGUCAUGACAGCAGCAUCAGCUGUUAGCUCUGCUUUAAGCCCUUUCGCCGCCGAUCGCUGCCUGCACAAAGGAAAUAUAUGAGAUCCCCUUUAAUCCCUGAAAUGGCGACACAGGAGGUACAGCUGAACGAGACUCUGGCCCAUCUCAAAACGGAGUCGGAGACGCUGAAGUCGAAGCUGGAGGAGGAGAGAGCGAAGCUGCACGAUGUCGAGCUCCAUCAGGUGGCAGAGAAGGUCGAGGGGCUGGGUCAGUUUGUCAUGAAGACCCGAAGAACUCUGAAGGGUCAUGGCAACAAAGUUCUGUGUAUGGACUGGUGUAAGGACAAGAGGAGGAUCGUCAGCUCCUCGCAGGAUGGGAAAGUGAUUGUGUGGGAUGCUUUCACUACCAACAAGGAGCAUGCUGUGACAAUGCCGUGCACCUGGGUGAUGGCCUGCGCCUACGCCCCCUCUGGCUGUGCUGUAGCUUGUGGGGGCCUGGACAACAAAUGCUCAGUGUAUCCUCUGUCUCUGGACAAGAAUGAGAACUUGGCUGCCAAGAAGAAGUCAGUGGCCAUGCACACAAACUACUUGUCCGCCUGUAGCUUCACCAACUCUGAUAUGCAGAUCCUGACAUCCAGCGGUGAUGGAACGUGUGCAUUAUGGGAUGUUGAGAGUGGGCAGCUGUUGCAGAGUUUCCAUGGUCACGCAGCAGACGUGCUCUGUCUGGACCUGGCCCCCUCUGAGACUGGAAACACGUUUGUUUCAGGGGGCUGUGAUAAGAAGGCCAACGUGUGGGACAUGCGUUCAGGACAGUGUAUUCAGUCCUUUGAAACUCAUGAAUCAGACAUAAAUAGUGUGCGAUACUAUCCCAGUGGAGAUGCAUUUGCAUCUGGCUCAGAUGAUGCUACAUGCCGCCUGUAUGACUUAAGGGCAGACAGAGAAGUGGCUAUUUAUUCCAAAGAGAGCAUCAUAUUUGGGGUCUCCAGUGUUGAUUUCUCUCUCAGUGGGCGGCUACUCUUUGGCGGCUACAAUGACUACACCAUAAAUGUUUGGGAUGUUCUCAAAGGAACACGGGUCUCCAUUCUGUUUGGACACGAGAACCGUGUCAGUACACUGCGUGUUUCCCCAGACGGGACGGCCUUCAGCACAGGUUCCUGGGACCACACUCUUCGGAUCUGGGCUUAAGGAUGAUGACACAGAGGUUUAAAUGGUAGACAGACUUACUAAAGACACACCAAUGUUUCUGUUUGCUAGAGUACAAUCACCGAGAUAGACUCAGUUUUGGUUGUACAUAGGGCAUAUCAAUAGCACUGUAUAUACUCCAGUCUGAUGGCCAGGGUAGAUUUACAUAUUCAAGAGAGUAAUUAAACCAAAUGGCACGCUUGUAUUACUGAAUUAUUGAAAGAAAACUUCACAGAAGUAGGCUACUUAUGGUUACAACUAAAUAUGUAAAAUGUAUAUUGCAGAAAAUAACAUUGGUGCUGACUAGCAUCAGUCUAGGAUAGAAGUGACAAAGUGAUGUAUUGAUAUAUGGUGACAUAAAGGACUUAAUUUAUUUGUUUUUUUGCACAAAAAGUAAAGGAAGAAUGCAGUCUGUGGAAAUAAAUGGGAUACAAGGAAACAAAACACAAAUGCAGGAGAAGCAGUAAGGUUUAAGACUGAAAAAAGAGAAAGGUAACAUUGGGUUUUGUUGCUUCUCUGUCAAUGAGCAAUGUUGGAAUAUGGGGUAUAGUGAGGAAGAUUAGAUUGGCUUGUAGAAAUUAAUCAAUAUCAGUUAGUCUGCCAAUAAAGGAGCAUAGGCAUAAAAUGUUAGGUACAAUUUGUAGUUGGUGAAACAUUUUUAAUUGUGUGCCCAACAAGCCUUGUUCAUUCUUGACAGCAACUCUCCUGCCAAUAUUAUUCUAAUGAAAAAAAGCAGGUAAACCUGAAAAACAUGAGGUUGAUUUUCCAUAUAUGUUUUUAAAAUAUGGUUGACCUUUAAUCUCUAAAGCUGAUGGUACACAGAGCAACUUUUAGAGCAAUCUUGCAGGGCAACGUUGCCAUCAAUGGUAAUGAGUAAAGAUUACUACCGUAAUCCCCGCCGCUAUCCGUUCAAAACAACGGACUUGCUACAAUGUUGCUGGGCAAUCUUGCCCAGCAACAUUGCUCAAAAAGUUGCCACGUGUAUCAUCAGCUUAAUUGUUUUCAGUUGUGAAAGCUACUUUCUGUUCUAUAUGCACAUUCAUUCCCUACUGACAUCCUGAACCUGUGGUCCCCCACUAGAUAUCCAAACAUUAAUAUAUAAAAAAACAUCUUUAAAUUCUUAGAAUGUACUCCUUUAUUGCGGUUGUUCAAUGGCUGUAAUUUCAUAUUUAAUGUAAUUAUGUUAAUGUAGUUUAGUGUACAGUUAUACAAGGGACUGUUUAUCAAAGUAUUACAAACAUAAUAAACUGAAUUUUGAAUAUCA